AUGGCACCACAAGCAGAUUUUUCUAAGAUUGGGUAUGAGAUUGAGAAGUUCUUUGGCAGGCAAAAGAGUUAUGGCAAUGGCAACCCUCCAGCGACUCAAAAUCUCUGCAUACACAAAUUUUAUCCAACUAGUGUGGCUAAGGUGGUCCACAUGCAUGUGGAAGAUGUCAAGUGCAAUGAAGCUGCUUCAAUAUUCAUAGCAGAAAACAGAACGGAGCUGCGGAUGAAAGAAACGAGUUUUGGAAAUCAUGACACAUGGGAUUCAAGGUCACCAAAAGCUUGUUAA